AUGUCGCUCACUGGUGAGCGGCCUCCGUACUCUGGCGUGACGGAACCGCCAAAACCCCCGCCGCUCCAACACUUGCAGGACGGUCCACCGCCGGGCGGCUAUCCGCGGCUGGACGUUCGGCGGAACCUGCCGCGGAACGUGGGGCCCUCGGCUACGGCGCUCUUCCUCGGGAGCGCCCUCGUUAUGGCAUACGGUUUUUGGCGAAUGGGCAACUAUAACUUACACCGAAGAGAACUUCUCGAGGAACGUCGUCAAGUGCGGGCGGCUUUAGCGCCGUUCCUACAGGCAGAAGAGGACGAGCGGUACCUGAAAGCAAAAGCGCAGUGGGAGGCCUGGGAAGCCAAAGUGAUGGAACACGUUCCUGACUGGGAGAAAAAGAGGGAGCCUAUUUACAAGACUCGAAGUCAUGGGCCGACCUAUGUUUUUCCUUUCUAA